AUGCCCAAUUUAGAGGCGCCCAUUGGCUACGAUGAAUCUUCACCGGAGAACUCCUAUUCCGCUGAAGCUGUUGGGAACGUAGCAGGUGUGGGCGAACCGAUGCAGCCGCUGCCCGCUGGCGCCGUUGAGAUACGCGUACAACCACCUGAGACGCCAGCAAAUGUACGCCGCUUGCCUCUAUUGAGUGCGAAUCCUGUGCGUGUACGUCCACUGCCACGCUUCAGUGAUUUCGAUCGCGAAAUUGCUGCAUUGGAAGAGGAGAAUCAUUGGCCAGUGGUGCCGGUGGUGCAAUUGCUGCCAAUAAAUUUGCCGCCACAGCUGCCCGAACCUUCAUUGGAUGAACUGCUGCGCCGUGUCACUGGCCGCAACGAUUUGCACAAUGUAGAAACGGUGCGUCUGCGCGUCAUCUCUUAUACCAUCAGUCUGGCACGCUUGCCACUGUUCUUACCGCGCCUGCAGCAUCUCGACUUAAGUGGCAGCGUGCUAUGUUCGUUGCGCGAUCUCGGCUAUGGUUUGAUGCAUUUGAACUACCUGAACGUGAGUAAUUGUGGGCUGAAUAGCUUUGAUGGUACUAGCGGGUUGCCAGCUGUUCGUAUACUCAUCGCCGAUGGUAAUAUGAUACAGCGCGUAGAUCCCCUAACCGAGCUGCCAUUACUGCAGCACCUGAGCGCACAAAAUAAUCGUAUAAGUGACUUGGGUCUGCUCACCUUUCUUGGACUGUGCCCCAAUUUGCAAGAAUUAGAACUGCAAGGUAAUCCGGUCGUUAAUUUGCCGCUCUAUCGCACAACACUGCAACGUAGUAUACCCACUCUGCGCCUGCUGGAUGGAGCAGUACUGCGGGAGGAAAGCAUUGCACAAGCCACGGUCACCAUUGAACCAGCCAACGUGAACUCCUCAACGGAUGGUGAGGUCUCAUCGCUUUCAAGUGAAUUGUACUCUGAUUCUUCACGCGCAGAGUCGAAUGCAUCAUCGUUGGCCUUUGUGACUGCUGCUACGCGUAGACCCGCAACAGCGCCUCAGCGUGCAGGCUCUGAAGGUGGCAUUUCCGAUCAGUCGCAACGACCGGCUUCAGUUUCUCACUCGGCCGGAGCACAUCGCAGUUCUCUUUCCAUGGGUGCUCCUGUGGUUGGUUCAGUUCUCAGCUUAGCACGUCGUAAUCGACGCCAGCGUCGCCAAGCUUGGACUACGUCUUCAAAUAGCUCUUCUUCGAACUCUUCUAUGCAUUCUCCAUUAGGUAAUGAAAGCUUCGAAAAGCGGCUGCCUCCGUUGCAACAGCAAAUGUCUAGCGAUAGCAAUGAUUGA